AUGUCUACUGGUGAAAAUGCUAGGAACGCUGACACUCUCCACACAACUCUUGCCCGAAUAGGCGGAGAGUACCAUCCAUUCUUCAUGCCGGACCCUGUACAUGACGUCAAAAAACGUCCCGAGUUGCAAAAGAGAAAAACCGAGCCAGCGCAAGUGAAAACGGCUAUCGAUAAUUUUGAGAAAUAUAUUGUCGAUGUGAGAAAUAAAAUUGAUGACAUAUUAAAUGAAGCCAAAGGUAUUUGCACUGAACCCCAAGGUAACAAAAGGAGACGACGUAAUAAUAGCAGUCACGAUCACCGAGAUGCCGCAUUAGAAGUAUGCAACAAUAUAGCGAAUUCUGCAAAUGACAGAUUUCAAUACAAAGACCAUUUGGUAGCCGCAUCCUUUUUUUCCGCGAACACUUUGGAGAAUACCGUGUUUCCUGAUGACAAGUUGGAAACUACCUGCUUGGCUUAUCCCAAAUUAGAAAAAAGUCGUUUAAAGACAGAGUUGUCUGUUAUUAAUGCACGGAAUGAUUGCCGAGAUUUACAUGGAACUCUGUAUCUUUUGAAAUUUUUGAUACAAAAUUGUUUGGAGGAAACACUAAAAGAAACAAAAAAGCUAUUAGAAACUAUUGUUACAACUCCUAUGUCAACGUCAGAGGCUGAGCGAAAUUUCUCAACAUUGAAAAGAAUCAAGAUGUUUCUUCGUAAUACUAUGACCCAAGAUCGCCUUACAGCAUUGUCAAUGAUGUUCUUUGAAAAGGAGUUUAUUUCGACCAUGGAAAAUUUCAACGGGAAGAAAAGCUGGACCGAAGAGGAGCAAUUUAAAAAGGAGAUCAAACAGGGAAGAGAUGAAUACUUUGCUAUGUGCCGCGUUUGCAAUAAAGAUAUGUCUAUUAAAAAUACUGGCAGAUUAGCACUAGUUCGGCAUCAGGAUAGUGCGAUGCACGUGAAACUAUGCAAAUCUCAGAAAAAGCAGGGAACAUAA